AUGUCUCCUGCCACGCUGCGCUUGGAUUUCCUCCCAUCGGCGGUGGGCUCCGGCCCCCUGGUCGUAGGCGAUGGCUCCCAGCUGAGGGCCGACCAGAACCACUCCCAAGACAGCCAGCAUCUCUUCCUGACCACUUCGGCGGCCAAGGUGAUCACUGGCCUCUUUGUGUGGGCUGCCCUCGUCAUCACUUGCCACCAGGUAAGUUGGGGGAAGCUGGAGGCCCCAGGCUCUCAGAAAGACCGUAUCCUCCCCAGGCUCCGAGAUCUUUAGUGGAGGCCCUUUUCUCAGUCCUGCCACCCAUAAGGCAGGCUUGGUGGAGAUAUGGGAGAGGACCUUCUCAGUGGCUGAUACCAAACAGCUCUGGAACUCCUUCCCAAAUAAGCUAGACUGGCUCCCUCCUUCUCCCUCCUUUUAUUCCUUUGGGAACGGACUGUUUUUUAAAGAACGGGCUUUUAAAUAGUGCUGUGGUGUUAUUGAAAUACCGGUAAUAAAAACAUUUCAUUACCUUUUAACAAUUGUCUUGUAUGCAUACCUGUAAUGGUUCCUAAGGGGGUUGCUCGUGCGUAAGCAGGUGCCUAUCUUCCUGGCUGGGCUCCGCGCUCUCCCUCCAGUACUGAUGGCAGUUCCCUGACAAUACCCCUAAACAUUUUGUGAAUCUUUGUACUUUUGUCCCAUUUAUUGUAUUUGUUUCCCCCGAUUUGAACUAUAAAAUGGUGGUUUUCUUGAGUCAAAACGAGAGUACCCCUAAACAAUUUUUUAGAAAAGUAUGUGUUUUUUUUAACUUUCUGUAUUUUAUCUGUGCUGUUUAAAUUUGUGUAAGCUGCUUUGAGUCCCAAUCUGGGGAAAAGGCAUAAUAAUAAUAAUAAUAAUAAUAAUAAUAAUAAUAAUAUAACAGGCCUUUUUACAGUUGUUCACCUUCCCCAAGUUCAUGCCCUCCAGAUGAUGUUGGACUACAACUCCCAGCAUGCCAAGGGAAGACACAAGUCUAAAAUAAUAAAUUUUAUUUAUACCCUGCCCUUCCCGGCCAGAGCCGGGCUCAGGGUGGCUAACAACAGUAAAAUUACAGUAAAAACAUAAUAGGGGGAGGGGGGAAACAAUUUAAAAUACAGGUUAAAAUGCAAUUUAAAAUCCAGCCUCAUUUUAAAAGUAGCCCAUAGAUCAAAACCGUAAGGGGAGGGAAACAUAAGGGUCAGACUGAGUCCAAACCAAAGGCCAGGUGGAACAGCUCUGUCUUGCAGGCCCUGCGGAAAGAUGUCAAGUCCCGCAGGGCCCUAGUCUCUUGGGACAGAGCGUUCCACCAAGUCGGGGCCAGUACUGAAAAGGCCCUGGCCCUAGUUGAGAUCAACCUAACCACCUUGCGACCUGGGCCCUCCAAAAUGGUGACAUAAUAAACACCACUUAACAGCGACACAUCUUUGCGUUAAGUUUUUUGGAAGGUGCCGCAGCAAUUAAAAUGGGCUCCUCCUUACCAAGCAUGAUUCCUAGGAACAAAGGAAACUGCCUUCCACUGAGUCAGGCCCCUGGUCCAUGGAGAUCAAUAUCGCUUACACUGACUGGCAGCAGCUUUCCAGGGUUAUGGACAAGGUUCUCUCCCAGCUCUGCUCGGAGAUGCCAGAGACCUGAACCUUGGACGUUCUCCAUGCACCACAAGUGCAUUGCAUGCUUUGCAUUCCAAUGAGCUGUAGGCUUGCGCUUAGAACAAGAUUCUAGUCCUCAUGUUCUAAAGACGAGGCUAAUUAACAAAAGAACAUUGGAAAUGGCCUUUUGCCAAGUCGGAAGAAGAGUUUGGAUUUGAUAUCCCGCUUUAUCACUACCCGAAAGAGUCUCAAAGCGGCUAACAUUCUCCUUUCCCUUCCUCCCCCACAACAAACACUCUGUGAGGUGAGUGAGGCUGAGAGACUUCAGAGAAGUGUGACUGGCCCAAGGUCACCCAGCAGCUGCAUGUGGAGGAGCGGAGACGUGAACCCAGUUCACCAGAUUACGAGUCUACCGCUCUUAACCACUACACCACACACGGGCACACUACACCACACUGGAUGAUAGGUGUGUCUAGCUCGGUGUUGUCCACACCAGGGAUGUCUCUGGAGGUUGCAGACUCCCAACUCCCAUCGGUCUCAGACGAUGUGGCUGAUGGCUGAGGAUAAUAAUAAUAAUAAUAAUAAUAAUAAUAAUAAUUUAUACCCUGUCCUUCCCGAUUCAAAAACCAGGUUCAGGGCGGCUAACAACAAAUUUAAAACACUUUAAAACACUUAAUUAUAAAACCAGCAUAAAAUACAGUAUAAAAACAUGAAUAACAAUAAAAUUCAAAAAUCAGUUUGUUAAUCCCCAGGGCUAGCUGGCUGAAUUGGUCCUAUUUGGGCCAGCGAGGAGGCCAGGGGAGAAUUAGCUGUGGGGUCCCAGAGCUGGUGAUCUUCAUAAAAGGGGAAGGGGAGGGAAGAGAAGGGAAAUAAAAGAUCAGGCUGAAUUCAUAUUAAAGGCCAGGUGGAAUAGCUCUGUCUUACAGUCCUGAUGGAAGGAGGUUAAAUCCUGAAGGGCCCUAGUCUCAUGGGACAGAGCAUUCCACCAGGUCGGAGCCAUCACUGAGAAGGCCCUGGCCCUGGUGGAGGAUAGUCUGACUUCCUUAGGGCCCGGGAUCUCUAAACUAUGGUUAUUCAUGGACCUCAAGGUCCUCUGUGGGGCAGACCAGGAUGGGAGAAUCUUGCUCUCUUGCAGACAUAGGCAAAGUUGGCCCUCCAGAUGUUUUUGGGACAACAACUCCCAUGAUCCCUAUCUAACAGGACCAGUGGUCAGGGAUGAUGGGAAUUGUAGUUCCAAAACAUCUGGAGGGCCGACUUUGCCUAUGCCUGCUUGUGUUUCUCUGGAGUAGAUCUCCUGCUUCCCACAGCCUUGCCCGUUUCUUUUCUUCCAGAUCUUUUUGCACCUGAAAAGCUACACCAUCCCCAAUGAGCAGCGCUACAUCAUCCGCAUCCUAUUCAUCGUGCCCAUCUACGCCUUCGACUCGUGGCUCAGCCUUUUGCUGAUCGGCAGCCACCAAUACUACGUUUAUUUCGACUCGGUGCGCGACUGCUACGAAGGUGAGCCGGGUUUGGCGGUUCGGCCUAGGAACGUGGGCGCCUCGUUCUGCGGUGGGCUGAUUUUGCACCGCCACCCACCGCAUACGGCAAAAGAGUGCGCCCAGGGCUGUUCGAUCCCGAGCAGCCUGCACAUGUUGAAACGGCUGGGUUUCUUUUGCAAUAAAGUUCAGGAGCAAGGAGUUCAUUUCUGUUCCGAGAAACACUUCUGUGGUGAAUUGCACAAGACGUUCUGCGUGUGGCUCAGAAACACUGUGGCUGAGGACAGGCGCAUCUUAGAGCAUUGGCAGCAUCCUUAUCUUCUUCGGUGCAAAGCACACCACUUCCUCUCCAGGCCUGAGCUCUGCAAAUCCUCCUUUCUCUCAACAUAAAUUUUCUUUUUCCAUAAGCAUCCAGCAAAAGUCAACUGUGGAAGGCAUCAACUGGCUAGUACCAGUGUCGUCGCCAACAUGUGUUUCAGCUCUUUGAUGCAACAACUAAGGAAACCUUUCUUUCUGAGGAGCAAGAAAUGGCGGGGGGGGGGGAACCUUGCAAGUUUUGGCAGAGUCAAAACCUCUUUUUUGGUCUGUUUGGGGGGGUGCAGGGAAAGGGAGAAAUUCCAAAAGCAGUCCAAUGAGGACUGGGUUUGCUUGGUAAGGCAGAUGGACAGUGGCAAGGCUCUGAGAGGGUAUGCAGUGGCUGGAAUGCUAAACGAGGAAGACCUCACGCUGCAACAUCUUGUUGCAGGCCACGCGGACCGAUUUUUUUUCCAUUGCCCAUGAGUUUCACAGUCUUCUGUCUGCCAAUAGAAUUGCUUUCAUUUCAUCUUUUAAACACCUGCUGAAAAUGUCCCUAUUCUGUCAGGCUUAUGCAGACGAUUAAAAAUACGUCUUUCCAUGAUAAGUUAGCUGAUCUCUAACUUUUUACAGUAGUACCUCGGGUUAAGUACUUAAUUUGUUCUGGAGGUCCGUUCUUAACCUGAAACUGUUCUUAACCUGAAGCACCACUUUAGUUAAUGGGGCCUCCUGCUGCCGCUUCUGCAUGAUUUCUGUUCUCAUCCUGAAGCAAAGUUCUUAACCCGAGGUACUAUUUCUGGGUUAGUGGAGUCUGUAACCUGAAGCGUAUAUAACCCGAGGUACCACUGUAUAUGGUUUUUAUUGUGUGGCUUUAUGUACGGCUGUUGCAAACCACUUUUCAUGAGCAGUGGUAAACAUAUAUAUAUAGAUAAGUUGCAGGGUGGACUGUUUUUAACUGCCAUUCUCUCUCCUUCCCUGCUUCAGCCUUCGUAAUCUACAGCUUUUUGAGCCUUUGCUUUGAGUACCUCGGAGGGGAGAGCACCAUCAUGGCUGAAAUCAGAGGGAAACCCAUUGUGUAAGUUGCCAUAUUAGACUGCUAAUAUGGAAAUGUCCACUGCUCCCCAUUGGUUAGCAGUGUCCCCCUGCAGCAUACCCUUGGCGCUCCUAGCCUGUAUUGAUGGGGGCUUGUCUUAUCUUUUCCUAGGUCUAGCUGCCUCUAUGGAACGUGCUGUUUACAAGGGAUGUCCUAUUCGAUUGGAUUUCUCAGAUUCUGCAAGCAGGUGAGGCUCACAGGAGAGGCACUGCCUAUCGCUGCAGUUGGACAUUUUUCAUCUCUGAUGAAAAUAAGACAGUGUAACCUCGGUUUUCAAACUUUUUUUUUUGUUAAAUCAUUUUUAUUAAUUUUCCAAUAAAAAACAUCCAAUUAACAUAUCGAAUCAUAAUAAUCCAAUUAAAAUUAAAAAAAAACUAAAAUAAAAAAAGACCAAAUUAUCAUCCAAAUUAUAAUUAUUAAUUUUUCGGGACUUCCCAUAGUCUGGACCUUAAAGCAUAUCUCCAAAUCUUUUAAUCCAUUCCGGAAGACCGUUCGGCUUCCGAAAAGUUCAAAAACCGAGGGUCAGUGGCCUGGCUGCAAAGACAAUGGAAAGAAAUGAAGAACAACGGCUCAGAAGCCGUUUGGCUUCAGAAAAUAAUUCGAAAACCAGAGCAGUUACUUCUGGGUUUCCGGCGUUCGGGAGCCGAAACGGAGGCGUUCAGGAAACGAGGUUUGACUGUACCUUCCAGGGAGCUAGCUGUGUUAGUCUCUUGUGGCAAAUGCAAAGAGAGAGAGAGAGAGAGAGAGAGAAAAGAACAGCCUUGCCUCAUCUUGUAGCAAAGGUUUUAAUGAUUUUCCUUAGACAGAAAGCAUUUAUUGUCCCUUGGAAGCUAUGUGCAAGCAUUGUUGUUCUUGUUUCUACAGAUGUGCAAAAAAACCCCAACAACAACCCACACAUAAUACUUAGGGGGGAAAUUUAAGAGAACUUUAAGAGAAAGGGUGAACAAGAAAUAGAAACAAAUAGUGCCAGGAUACUGGGACCUACAGGCAUAUGUGGUGGGACUGCCCCAAAGUAAAAAGGUUCUGGACAAAAUUAACUUCUGAGAUCUCAUUGAUAACUGAAGAAAUGAUUCAUUCCUCCCCUUGUCUCUUUUGAAUUUAUUUGUGCAAUCGGUUUGAGACUUGAAUAACAGUAAAUUAGUUUCUCAUCUUUUGAUUGCGGCCCAGACCAUGACUGCCAGCUUUGGGGAGGCUUUUUAUCUCAAUACCCUGGAUUACUAGUAUUCCAAACCUUGGCAGAUUGCCUUUGGGAGGGAAAAUCACAUAAACUAAAGGGCUCAAGGGACCAAAAUGCUCAAGGUCUCGUCUUUACUGUUUGGAUUCAUUUUAUUUCAGAUACGAAUGCAGUGGCUCAGGAGUCUCUGGUCCCAUGGGUCUAUGCGAGUGUUCAGAGUUAUAUACAGGCAGCUCUCAAUUUAAGCUGGGCUUAUGUUUUGGGGAUAGCACCUAAAGCCAUAAUUUAUAGUAAAAACACACUGGGUUCAGUGGUGGAUGGGAUUGCCAAAGGUUCCUUUAUCCUGGAUGCCUGCCACUACCCCCCCUUUUUUUUUUAAUUUGCCACACGUGUAAAGCUGAAUGCGCACAACUUAAAUGCACACAAGUUGCCUCUGGUGGUAGGAAACGUGUGACUGUAACACAUUUUCACUGCCCUAAUGUGCUUCAGCUGUGAUUGUUCAAUCUUUCUAGGCAACGCUGCAGUUCUGCAUUGUGAAGCCUCUGAUGGCUAUCAUCACCAUCAUCUUGCAAGCCUUUGGGAAAUACAACGACGGCGACUUCAAGUGAGGAGAAGGGAGGGUGCGGGGAAAGGGCGGGUGGUUUUUAUGGUCUGGGGUGCUUCAACGCCUUGACAUUUUUCUUUGGAAGUAGAAUAGCUCAGGGCAGCUUUCUGGAAAAGGGUAAAAGGCAGUUGAAAUUCACAAAAAUAAAGUGGCUCAAAACCAACACUAUAUUAUUAUUAUUAUUUUAAUGAAGCAAAACACCAUUUUCGCUCGGCUGACCCACCGAAAAAUUUAAAUGAUUAAAAGCUGCUAAACUGCCACGAGAGAGGAAUGCAAAUGGCCGUGAUCUGAUUACAUUUCACGAAACCAUGUGGCUUUCUCCACUGCAUCCACAAUGAAUGGUGAUUGUGGACCUCUUUGUCAAAAGGAGCCAAGGCAGCUUGAAUCUCCUUUCUUGUACAGUGGUCCCUCAGGUUACAUACGCUUCAGGUUACAGACUCUGCUAACCCAGAAAUAGUGCUUCAGGUUAAGAACUUUGCUUCAGGAUGAGAACAGAAAUUGUGCUCCGACAGCGCGGCAGCAGCGGGAGGCCCCAUUAGCUAAAGUGGUGCUUCAGGUUAAGAACAGUUUCAGGUUAAGAACAGACCUCCGGAACAAAUUAAGUACUUAACCCGAGGUACCACUGUAACUUGAAUCCAUAUUCCAUGUGACGGCCCUUAAAAAUUUGAAGAGGGCUAUUGUAUCUCCUCUUGGUCAUCUCUUCUCAAUUCCCUCGACCGUUCCUCAUCAGGCUUGGUUUCCAGACCCUUGAUCAUCUUGGUCGCCUUCUUCUGCACAUGUUCCAGCUUGUCAACAUCCUUCUUAAAUUGUUGAGGGGGUUAAAUGAGAAGCAGGAUGGAAUCAAGCACAGUCCCUUAAGUGCCUUGGAGAACGGAGAGGGAUCUAAAUGCAAUGAUUGUCUUACGCUUGGUACCUCCGUGUGUGUUUUAUGCUUCCCAGCAUUCACAGUGGCUACCUCUACAUCACCAUUAUCUACAACUUCUCCGUCAGCCUGGCUCUCUAUGCUCUCUUCCUCUUCUAUUUCGCCACCAUGGAGCUCCUGCGACCGUUUGAGCCGGUCCUUAAAUUCCUCACCAUCAAGGCAGUCAUCUUCCUCUCUUUUUGGCAAGGUGGGUUUCCGUCUUUCCAUCUCCUUCAGAGCCAGCAUCUCCUCUCUUCUGACUGAGCAAGAUCUGGAGGGAGAGCCAGUGCUGUGUAAACAUUAAGAGGGUUGGGCUGGGACCCAGCAGGUCUGGGUUUGAAUCCCCAUUCGGCCAAGUUUCUCGAGUGAGCUCUUUAGAGGAAGGGCUGGAAUAGGAACGAAGACUUUUGAGACUUGGCAGCUAAAGCCAAGGACGUACCUGGCAAAGGUUGGCCCCCGCCAUGGGCUUAGGCCCAAGGGGACAUGAAUAUCAUGCUAGGAGUAUUUGUGCCAUGUAACAUGGAGGUGUCUCUACCACAGUCGCACCUUGGAAGUCAAACAGCUUAGUUCUCAAACGUUUUGGGUCCCGAACGUCACAAACCCGGAAGUGACUGUUCCAGUUUGCGAACUAUUAUUGGAAGCCUAACGUUCCUCAGCAGCCAAUCAGAAGCCGCGCUUUGGUUUUUGAACGUUUUGGAAGUCGAACGGACUUCUGGAAUGGAUUCCGUUUGACUUCCAAGGUACGACUGUACUAUUAAAGUAGCACUGGUGGCAGCAGGCAGCAGCGUCGCACCAAUCCGGCUCCAGAGAAUUUGCCCUUCCAAAGUGAGAGGGCAAUGGAGCUGUGAAGGUGGGGGGAGACAGGACGGUCAUUGUACCUAAGGGGGGUGUUAUUGUUUUGUCAUUUUGAUUUAAUUAUUUACUUGUGUUUUAUCUUGUACUUUAUUUUGUGAACUACCCUGGAAGGAAGGAAGGUGGGGACAUACAGGCUGAGGCCCUACUGGGCUCUUUGACAUUGCUUGCAACACCUGGAAAAAUUACUCCCCCCCCCCCCGCCCUGUCUCUCUGUGUUUAAAAAUAACGUAAAAAAUGCUGAGAGACUAAUUCAUCAUUCACCCCAUCUGCAGAUGCCUCCCUUAAAUACUUGAAGAAAUACAGUCGUACCUUGGUUCUUGAACGCCUUGGUCCUCAAACAUUUGGGUUCCCAAACUCCACAAACCCAGAAGUGUUCCAGUUUGCGAACGUUUUUCGGAAGCCAAAUGUCCGACGCGGCUUCUGCUUGAGUGCAGGAAGCUCCUGCAGCCAAUCGGAAGCCGCACCUUGGUUUUUGAACAAUUUCGGGAGUCGAACGGACUUCCAGAAUGGAUUAAGUUCGAGAACCAAGGUACCACUGUAUAGGCAGCUGCCUUAAAGUGAGUUAGGUCAGAAGGAAAAUGAAUUGCUGUUGAUUUAUAUUUAUAUGUAACUUCUUAUUAAUGUAACAUUUUAAUAUGUAUAUUUUUGCAAUAUUUUGUUUUGAGUUGUCCGUUGUUGCUUCUGUUUUGUACACCGCUUAGAGCUAUUUCCCAUAUAUUAAGCGGUAUACAAAUGAAAUAAUAAAAUCAAAUCAUCAAAAAUCAAACCUGCACUCACUGGCAGUCGCUCUCAAGGGGUUUAAGGCAGGUGCAAGGCAUGGGGGGGGCCGGCAAUACAGAUCCUUGCCAAGGGCGCAAGGGAGCCUGGGCACAUCUCUGGCUAAAGCCCCGGUGGCAAAAUAAUAUACCGUAUUUUUCACUCUAUAGGAUGCACCCAACCAUAGGACGCACCUUGUUUUAGAGGGGGAGAACAAGAAAAAAAUUCUCCCCCUCUCUGCUCAGGGCCCAUCAGCGAAGCGGCAGGAGAAACGGAGCCCUUCCAUUUUUCCUGCCGCUUUGCUGAAGGGGCACUGUGCAAAGAGGGGGAGAAUUUGGUUUUCUUGUUUUCCCCCUCUAAAAAAAGGUGCGUUCUGUGCGUUCAAGGUGUGUUCACCCGAAGCCUCCGGAGCGCAGUGGGAGUUCCCGCUGAGCUCUGGAGGCUUCAGGCGGCUACCUUGGAAGCCUGGAGAGCGAGAGGAGUCACUCUGCGCUUCGGAGGCUUUGCGUUGCUAUCGCUGAAGCCAAGGAGCCUGCAUUCGCUCCAUAGGAUGCACACACAUUUCCCCUUAAUUUUGGAGGGGGGGAAAGUGCGUCCUAUAGAGCGAAAAAUAUGGUACCUCACGAGAUCCUGGUGACGUGCAGAACUGCUCCGUGGACCUGUGGGAAACCCACAUGCACCAAGAAGACUUGACAAGCCACCUAAUGCUUGGGUCGGUGAUAAAUUGACAAAUAUUCCCUUUGCACAGGGAUGUUGCUGGCUAUCCUGGAGAAAUGUGGGGUGAUUCCAGAGGUUCAGAUUAUCGAUGGGAACACGGUGGGAGCCGGGACGGUAGCAGCCGGCUACCAGAACUUCAUAAUCUGCAUUGAAAUGCUGUUUGCUGCCAUCGCCCUCCGAUACGCUUUCACCUGCCAGGUGUACAGGGAGAAGAAGGAAAGUGCGACAUGUGAGUGUUCUCAACAAGGUUGUGUUCCUCUGAAGCUAGCCUUCUGCCACCUGGUUCCAUACAGAUGUUUGGGGCCGCUUCUCCAAAAUUGGCUGGGGCUGAUGCAGUCUUAAAACAUCUGGACAGCACCAGGGUGAACGAGGUUGCUUUAAGUCAGGGCUUCCCAAACUUGGGCCUCCAGCUGUUUUGGGACUACAAUUCCCAUCACCCCUGACCACUGGUCCUGAUAGCUAGGAAUGAUGGGAGUUGUAGUCCAAAAACAGCUGGAGGGCCAAGUUUGCGAAGGCCUGCUUUAAGUGUGCAGGGAGAUGGGAGGUGGAAUCAGAGGAGCAGAGAGAAACCAAACCUGGAAUUGUUUGUUUCUUUCCUCUUAAUCGUUACACUAUAAUUCAUAUGUGCGAAUGAUGGAUGAAUGGUGGUACUCAAGUAGAGGAUGCGCUUGUGUCAAAUUCCCCAGUAACAGGGCUCUGUGCCCUGGAUUCAGCACCAGAUAUAAAUCUUGCGUAUCAACUGUAUUUGCAUGCUUUUGUUUCUGACGCAUAAAUGCUUCUUGGGACAGAGGCUUUUUCGGCCAAGUGGAAAGGAGAGAAAAAAAGACUUACCGUAUUUUUCGCUCUAUAGGACACACUUUUUCCCCUCCAAAAAUUGAGGGGAAAUAUGUGUGCGUCCUAUGGAGUGAAUGCAGGCUCCUUGGCUUCAGCGAUAGCAAUGCUAAGCCUCUGAGGCGCAGAGGGAGUGCUCCCUUCGCGCUCCGGAGGCUUCGCCUUGCUUUCGCUGAAGCCUGGAGAGCGAGAGGUGGCGGUGCGCACCGACCCCUCUCGCUCUCCAGGCAUCAGGGAUAGCCGCCUGAAGGCCUUCGGAGCACAGCGCAAGUUACCGCUGCGUUCUGGAGGCUUCAGGUUCCUUUCGCUGAAGCCAGGAGAGUCUUGCUCUCCCGGCUUCAGCAAAAGGAACCCGAAGCCUGAGGAGCACAGUGGGAACUUGCGCUGCGCUCGGAAGGCUUCAGGGAUAGCCCCUGCCAUAGCUGCACGCAACCCCUCUGGCAGGGAGAGGCUACACGGGGCUAAAGAGGAAGCCAAAACAGCGAGCGGGAUCCAUCCCGCUCGCUGCCUUGGCUUGUGCCAUAGCCGCACGUAACCCCUCCGGCAGGGAGAGGUUGUGCGCAGAGAUUUUUUUCUUGAUUUCGCCCUCUAAAAACUAGGUGUGCUCUAUGGUCCGGUGCGCCCUAUGGCGCGAAAAAUACGGUAACUAAAUUGGUCAGGAAAUGGGACCUAGAGAAGGAAUGUGGAGCUGUAUUGGCAGGCUAGCACCCACUUCUUUGACCGAGGUUACCUUGGCCUUGUGAUUCCACCUCCUCCUUUCCCUUUACUGAGGAGGAAACCAGCUUUCAGGUCAAUAAAUAAAUUCAAAUGAAAGUCAUCAAUCUGAAGGUGAACAGUACUUGGCUCUUGAGAUAUUGAAGGAGCUUUUCAGCUUUUAAGGAGGUGUUGUCUGGCACCUGAUGCUUAGAAGGCAUUCAGUCUUUUUCGGGGAACAGUGUUUUGAGUGGAGAGAACAAUCGUGUCAUUUCCCCCUAGCAUACGUGCCAACUCCCUGGGACCCUGGGUGCUGUAGCGCCCACGAAAUUCCCCAUGAAGGCGCCGGGCACCCACAAAUUUAGGUGCCAGGGCCAUGCACGUUGCAUGGCACCCACGACCCUGGACACCCAUGGUCGUGGCACCAAGCUGGCACUCCUGCCCCAUAGAUUCCUAUAAAAUGGUGAGGGGGAAAUGGUUUAUAACGUGUGUGAAAGAGACAGGCUACAACAGGGCCAAAGUAGCUGGAGACUGUGGCAGAAUUCUUGUUUUAACAUGUUUUGGGACUUUUUGAACUGGUGGCCCAAAAGUACUAAACGACUAGUCCUACAUAGCGCUGCUGUUUAUGAUCUGAACGGGCAACUUUGUUUUCUGGUAGUUUUUCCCAACCUGGUGCCCCCAGAUGUCCAACUCCCACCAACCCCAUCUAUCAUGGCCCAAUGUCUGGAGAGCACCAGGUUGAGGAAACUUGCUUUUUGAGAAGGCUUUUCUUAGUCUCUUCCUUUGAAAUAAUAAUAAUAAUAAUAAUAAUAAUAAUAAUAAUAAUAAUAAUAAUAAUUUAUUAUUUAUAUCCUGCCCAUCUGGCUGGGUUUCCCCAGCCACUCCGGGCGGCUCCCAACAGAAUAUUAAAAACACGAUAAAACAUCAAACAUUACAAACUUCCCUAAACAGGGCUGCCUUCAGAUGUCUUCUAAAAGUCAGAUAGUUGUUUAUUUCUGUGACAUCUGACGGGAGGACGUUCCACAGGGCAGGUGCCCUCUACCUGGUUCCCUGUAACCUCGCAGGGAGGGAACUGCCAGAAGGCCCUCCGAGGUGGACCUGUGUCUGGGAUGAAUGAUGGGGGUGGAGAUGCUCCUUCAGGUCUACUGGGCCAAGGCUGUUUAGGUCUUUAAAGGUCAGCACCAACACUUUGAAUUGUGCUCGGAAACAUACUGGGAGCCAAUGUAGGUCUUUCAGGACCGGUGUUAUGUGAUCUUGGCAGCCACUCCCAGUCACCAGUCUAGCUGCUGCAUUCUGGAUUAGUUGUAGGCAUGUUUACAUGAUUACGCUUCUCUCAUGUCCUCCUCUUGCUCCCAGCAAACCUUGCCCCGAUGCAGAGCAUCUCCAGUAGUCUGAAGGAGACCAUGAGCCCCCAGGACAUUGUCCAAGAUGCCAUCCACAACUUCUCCCCAGCGUACCAGCAGUACACACAGCAGUCCAUGCAAGAGGCUGGCGAGCCGGGGCAGAACGGGCACGUGGAGCCCAAAGCCGAUGGCCAACACAUCAAGAAGAGCAAGAACAUUGAGAAGAGGGUGCUGAUAACCUCUGACGACGAGCUAUAG